AACCCAACCGGCUAUUUUCCUGUCUUUCUUAGUUAGGAGAGCAAGAACAAGUCUCUCUUUUUUUUGGGGGGGAGCAGAGCAGUCAAAGAAAUGAAGCAAAGCAAAUGAUUUUUAUAGAAUGGCUAUUUAUUUUUCUAGGCCCUGUAGAAAUUUUUCCAGGGGAACCAUUUGCAUUUCACUAUGAUGGCGCGGCGGCGUCAAAGAUUCUAACUUUAUUUAUUAUUUCCGCUAUAGUUCUGACACAAAUCUGCAUAGAUUUUAGGAGGGACUCCCUUUCUAAGGAACUUUUGGAUGCCCGUUCUUUAGGAAGGCUUGGGUCAGUUCGUUUUUUUAUAACUUUUUUUCUUUUUUUGUUUUUAUUCGUAGCCACCACCCCCCUAGUCGCCGCCUGCGACUGUAGGGGGACUUCCCCCACGUUAGAGUGGCACCCCCAUCCUGACGCUCCCCACGACCCCGCCGUUCCCCAACCCCCCGCCCCCCCUGCGCGGAUCCAGCCAGAAGUUCCAUGGUUAGACAGGCCCCUAAUGUCGGAAACCGAUCGGAGGGGGGAACUAAGCCGUCGCUUAAGUGUUUAUUUCAUUGGUAAACACGACGCGGGGCACCUCCGCGAAUUCCUGAGCAUCCUCGAGCAGCAAAUGCUGCUCGAACAAAGGAUAGAGGCGGCUUUGGUGGGCGAUGGCUAUUGCCCGGUUCGUGUUUUAGCGAAUCGACACGAGCUACGUGGGAUACUCUUUAAUCAUCCUACUAGGGCGGUCGCGCUUUCGGAGCGGACCCUUAUGGCGUAUGGGGCUCAAAUCGAGCGGAAUGGAACUCGGCAAAGCGUUCCCUAUAAUAGGGUUUUAAGAGAGAUUCGAAAUUUGAAUCUCUUUUUUUAACGCUGGGCUGGGGAGCUCGAGAAGUAAUACCAAAACCUUUCUUUUUUCGGUAUGCCGCUCCGCGAGCAAGGAAUGCCGCGCACGAGCGGAGCGAAAACAAAGCAAGGGGAAUUCUUCGAUUUUUGGGUGGGUCAAUCCUUUGAUUGCGUAUUGAAUAUAGAUCCAUGUCUUUCUUGUUCCACUAGCUAGGACCAAAUUCUCACAUGUCCGUUUCGUUAUUACAACCUUCUUUUUUGAUGUCAAAGACCCGAAGCUACACGCAAAUUCUCAUUGGAUCUCGGUUGUUCUUAACAGCGAUGGCUAUUCAUUUAAGUCUUCGGGUAGCACCACUAGAUCUUCAACAAGGUGGAAAUUCUCGUAUUCCGUAUGUACAUGUUCCUGCGGCUCGGAUGAGUAUUCUUGUUUAUAUCGUUACGGCUAUAAACACUUUCUUGUUCCUAUUAACAAAACAUCCCUUUUUUCUUCGCUCUUCCGGAACCGGUACAGAAAUGGGUGCUUUUUCUACGUUGUUUACCUUAGUUACUGGGGGGUUUCGGGGAAGACCUAUGUGGGGCACCUUUUGGGUGUGGGAUGCUCGUUUAACCUCUGUAUUCAUCUCGUUCCUUAUUUACUUGGGUGCACUGUGUUUUCAAAAGCUUCCUGUCGAACCGGCUCCUAUUUCAAUCCGUGCUGGACCGAUCGAUAUACCAAUAAUCAAGUCUUCAGUCAACUGGUGGAAUACAUCGCAUCAACCUGGGAGCAUUAGCCAAUCUGGUACAUCAAUACAUGUUCCUAUGCCCAUUCCAAUCUUGUCUAACUUUGCUAACUCCCCCUUCUCAACCCGUAUCUUGUUCGUUCUGGAAACACGUCUUCCGAUUCCAUCUUUUCUCGAAUCUCCUUUAACGGAAGAAAUAGAAGCUCGAGAAAAAACCUAGUUCACUCGCUGAGUCUCUUGCAUCCAUGGCUGAA